UUCCCGAUACUAAGGUCAAAAGUCCAGAAAUAUAUCCUAUGUAGAAGUUGUGGAAAACGUUCACAUAAAAAACAGAGCAGGUGAACUAACCUCUUAAAAACUGAUGUUAAAUUUCAAAAAGCUCACAAAGAUUUCUUGCAUCACCAAUGGCAGCAGCAAAAAGGUGCGCAGUUGUCACAGGAGCAAACAAAGGAAUAGGAUUUGAGAUUUGCAAGCAAUUGCUUUCUAAUGGUGUCACUGUGGUGCUAACGGCAAGGGAUGAGAAAAGGGGUAUUGAAGCUGUUGAAAAACUGAAAGAGUUUGAUGUUUCUGACCAAGUGGUGUUUCAUCAGCUUGAUGUGACCGACCCUAAAAGCAUUGAAUCCCUUGCGAAUUUCAUCAAAACCCAGUUUGGGAAACUUGAUAUCUUAGUGAAUAAUGCUGGAAUAAGAGGAACUACUGUUGACCAUGAUGCUAUAGCUGCUGCACGGGAAAAAGUUGACAGUGUUGAUUGGAGAAAAUUCUCUUAUGAAAAUUAUGAAUCUACAGAAGCAAGCAUUAGAACAAAUUACUAUGGACCUAAAUUAAUGUGUGAAGCAUUUAUUCCCCUUCUAGAAUUGUCAGACUCACCAAGAAUUGUUAAUGUUUCCUCCACCUAUGGGAACUUGGAGAGCAUACCAAAUGAAUGGGCUAGAGGAGUCCUAAGUGAUGUUGAAAGCUUAACAGAAGAAAACGUGGAUGAAGUUGUGAAAAAGUUUCUGAAUGAUUUUAAAGAGGGUUCAUCAGAAACCAAUGGGUGGCCACCUGCGUUUUCUGCAUAUAUCGUCUCAAAAGCUGCUUUGACUGCCUACACAAGAGCUCUUGCCAAGAAGUACCCAUCUUUCGGGAUCAAUGCUGUUUGCCCUGGCUAUGUGAAAACAGAUCUCAACCUCAAUAGUGGCUAUCUUGGUGUUGAUGAAGGUGCUGAAAGUGUAGUAAGGUUGGCUCUGCUACCUAACGGAGGUCCUUCUGGUCUCUUCUUUUCUCGAAGUGAAGUUGCAUCAGUUUGACAAAAGGUUUGUUGUGUACUAGAAGAUAAUGAAUAAAUAACAAGCUAUGUGUCAUGACACAUAUCUACACAUCAUUGCUGAGAACAACCCUACAGUGAAUUGCAGACAUUACAGGAUCAUGUUGCCAAUAGUGGUGAACUACAUGACUCAGUGUGUUGUUUGUUAAAUAAUUAUAAUCAGUUUAUGGAAGAGUUGAAUUGUCUUUACUGCAAGCCAAUAUAUGGCUUACUUACCAAUCUGUAUACUUAUAAAUUUGUAAAGAUGGUAUAUUUGUACUUCUCUGCUUCAGAAAUUGGUAUGCCCUUGCCAUUUAUGACCCUAA